GGUAAAGCGCAUCUGCAAUCUGUGUUCCGGCGAGAGAGCUUGCAAUCAGUGCGGCAAGGAUUGCGGUCCUUAUAUCAUAAAAUGACGAUGCUUCCAUUGCUGCUGCUGCCCUGUCUGGCGCUGCUAGAGUCGGCCACGGCCGGCUAUUUGGCUGUACCACUGCAGUCCCCGGCCGGAGUGACGUACGUAAACAGUCAACAGCAUAUCGGUCUGUUGGCCGGACCAGCUCGAUUGACUCAACAACCCGCAACCAUCAUCGAUGCACGCCAUUCGGCAGCCAUCGCUGUGACACCGGAACCAGCACCAACGUACUACUCCUACAACAAUCCGCAGCCCGUCUUCGGUAAGGCCAGCUACACACCCUCGUCGGUUCAGUAUCACACCUACGGCAAUCCGACGGUCCGUGUGUUCGAACCCAAAUCCUUCGUUUACGGCGUACAGACAGCAAGCAGUGUACCAUCACCGACGACACAUACCGUCCACCAGCACCAAGUUCCGGUAACGGUCACUACCCAGUACCAUCACCAACAGCAGACACCAACAACGAUCGUGCAUGAGGCUCCGGUAGCUCGCGUUCCCGUUCCGACGCCAGUGCCCGUGCAUGUUCCUGUGCACGUACCGGUUCAUGUUCCGGUAGCAGUCCCCGUUGCACCGACCUAUACCAAGACCGUCACCACUGGACCAACGUAUGUCACUUCUGCACCACCUCCACCACCACCACCACCACCGGCAGUGACCGUGGUAAAGCAAGUGCCCUUCGUACGCUCGCGUAAAUAUAAGGUACGACGUCCGGCCAUCCAGAACCAGUUCUACGACAUCGAAGAGCGUGUCAUCAUCCGGCCCGUCGGUACGGCACUGGUUGAGCUAGAGCAACCGAUCUCCCAGACGGAAACGCGUACCAAAACGACGACGAAAACCACCGUCACCGAGAAACGGCCGGUCUAUAGUCCACCGCCACCACCACUACCCGAGGUUCACUCGGUAGCUGAGGAGGAAGAACACGAGGAAACGAUCUACAAAACGCGUGUUGGUGGACCGCAGGUUGUGACAAAGACAACGACCGUGUACACCGAGCGUCCACCGGUGUUCCAGAAGUCGGGUUACGAUCGUCUGGAAGCAUCCAAGACGGAAGAUCGGGCCCAGAUCCGUACCGAGACGCAGGUAUCGGCCGCCAGUACAGCUAAAGCUUCGGAUGCGGAGUUUAUCGAUGGAUCGGUGACUGCUGUACAGGAUCAACCGGCACAACCUGCUCGACCAGUCUUUACCCAAGGACAUGCCAUCUACCAUGGCCAUCAGCAGGGACACCAGACGGCCUAUUUGAAUCCGUUUACGCCACACUUGGCUCCCCAUCCGUAUCUGUACCAUCCGGCCAAUGCAGGUCAUCUGUUGCAUCACGUAGCCUACGUUGAUCAGCAUUCGCCCGCUCUCUAUGCGACGCAUCCUGGUGCAGUACAUCAUCCUCAGACCGUGUUCCAUGUUCCUUCGACGACACCCCUGUAUCCGGUACCGGCCGUACCAGCCGUUACUCCGGUUCACGAUUGUGAUGGAGCGAAUGAUCCUCCGAAGACUUCCUCCGAGUAUCUGCCACCCAGCAGUAGCAGUGUGACUCCGGUGAGUCCUACGACACCAUCGCCGUCACCGGUUGGUACGACCACUCCCUAUCCACCAACUUCGACGCCCGGAAGUUUCGCGGAUGCGGAAGAGGAGUACGAUGAUUCGAUCGUCGUGAAUGCCCGAAGUGGCGCUACCGAUGGUUACUCCUCGACGGAAUCCGACUACGACAGUACGACCGUGGCAUCGUCGUCGGUUCCGACGGCGACUCCCAGUUACUAUCAUGAUAAGUAUCGCGGUGAAUCCGCUAACGGUCAGAGUGAGAGCCACAGUGAGGGACGAGACCGGAGCCAGGGUUCGUUUGAGAUCACGUACGCCACGCGCACCACACCGGCAAGCGAUCUCGUAGCGUUUGAUCCUUCGACAGCCUCGGCCAGUUUCGAUCUUGGACCAUCGCAUACGAUCCCACGAGGAUUUUCGUUCCCAUCGACAACGCCACGACCGACAACAUCGUCCUCGGCACAGCUGGCCUCAAGCUCGAGCAGCACCGCAGCAGCAUCUCAGCAGGCCGCCAGCACGAGCUCAACGGCUGCCUCGCAACGCUCCAUUACGAUCAUCUCCUCGACGACACCGCGUACUGUGUCGGCCCGUUUCAGUGAUGACUCCGCGUCUUUGGCUACCUCCAGCCAGCUCAGUCAAUCCAGCUCCAGUUCACAAUCGGUUGUGGUCGGUGAGGGAUUGACACGGGAACAGAUCCACGCCAACCAGGAACAGUUCAUUAAGCUACUUUCGGAGCGUGACUCGAUCACGCAGGUUGGCUACGAUGGUGCGAAGCCCGAGACGACCGGAUCGCUGCUUGAUACGUUCGUGCGCAGCCGUGUACUGUCCGCUACUCCUGCACCACGCGAUGCUAAGGAAACUUCCCGUACGGUCAACAUCCGGCGCAUUAUCGUUUCGCGCCCGGUCGAGACGGAACAGGAGGUUGAGGUGCGGGAGCAGGCGUACCAUACGACACUAGCACCACCACCCACCGAUUCGUACGAGCACAAACGGGAUGUCAGCGAGGUCACCGGGCGCACGGAUGCUGCCGGUAAUGGCCGGCUAGUGCCGCGAGUGCCCGUGUAUGUCAACGCCAAACCGCCAGCAUUUGCCAACGAUUCCGAGUAGAGGUGAGAUCGAUCCAAUCGGAUCGGAUCGAAACCAGACGGAUGUUAGGCGAAUUCGUAUAUUUAUUUAUGCUCUAACCCCUUCCCUUUGACCACACGAGGCCUAUUUCCGCUGGAUACGAGCUGCCCGCUGCUGCGAUAGCGUUGUGUCUGUUUGUUGUACUUACCGUUUGUUCUGUAUUUUCCAUUAUUAAUAAACUAUAUUUA